GAGAAAAUUAUUGAUAGUGAUCGCUUCUAAGAUGCAUACCCUACGCACCGCCUUUACCUUCCUGGCAGGGUCAUUACUCUUCAUACCAACGCUGUCAAUCCAGAGCAGUGAACAAUUGGGAACAUUUCAGUCAAGAACAGCAGCUCCUCUUCCGCCAUCGCAAGAUCCCUGGUAUACAGCACCAGAGCAAUCAAUCCUCUUCUCUAGCGCACCCGGUACCAUUCUACGCAUUCGCCCAGACCCAUUUCAUCUCUACGCCUCCCUCGGCGUAAACAUAUCUACUGCUAGUUACAAUAUUCUAUACCGUACUACGGAUGCCAACAAUCUACCUAGUUUCGCGGUAACAACGCUCUUCAUCCCGGCCGGUGAUACCGAAACAUUCCACCCAUCACAAGGGAGCCCUAGCUUGCUGUCCUAUCAGAUACCAUAUAACUCCCCCUGGGUCGACUCAAGUCCCUCAUAUACAUUGUCCACAAACACCAAUAGCACAUUUCCAGAUAUAGUAGCUGGGCUGGCUCAAGGAUGGUAUGUCUCCGUUCCUGAUCAUGAGGGUCCAAACGCGACUUUUGCAAUAGGCGUGGAAGAAGGACAUGCCGUUCUUGACUCACUACGUGCUGUUACGCAGUCUUCGCUUUCUCCUGCAGUGUCAAAAGAGAACGGGUAUUCCUCUGAUCACAAGCAUAUUGACUGGAAAAUUGGGCUUUGGGGAUACUCCGGCGGCUCAAUUGCAAGCGAGUUCGCUGCCGAGAUUCAAGCAUCAUAUGCUCCGGAUAUUCAAAUUGCCGGCGUUGCCAUCGGUGGACUGCCAACUCCGUUAAAUGCUGUUUUCGAAGCCGUCAACAAAUCGCCCUAUGCUGGACUGAUUCCAUUAGGUCUUUGGGGUGCUGCUAACGCAUAUCCGUAUGUCGGAGAUUAUCUAACAAGUCGUCUAACGCCAGGGGCGAAAGAAACUGGAGUGUUCACCAAAGCUCGCAAUAUGAGUGUCUUCGAGGCUUUUUCUGUGUACAACGGCUCUGAUAUAUUUUCAUACUUUAUUGGUGGAAAGGACGAUGUAUUAUCAUCUCCAAUAACCACCUUCAUCUUCGAGACGCAGUCGACGAUGGGAAGGCAUGGACUACCGACAAUGCCUAUUUUUGUGUACAAGGCGGUCGCUGACCUGUUGGCCCCUAUCCAAUAUGUGGAUUCUUUGAUUGGACAGUACUGUAAUUAUAGUAAUGUGACAGAGGGAAAGGGAGUCAAAAUCUUGUACGAGCGAAACACGAUCGGUGGCCACGUUGCCGAAGAAAUCAAUCAAGACGUAAAUGCAGUUCGAUUUUUAGCCAAGGCACUGAGUGGGAGAUUAGGAGCUGGAUGGCCGAAUGGAAAGGGCCAUGGUUGUGUUGUGAGAAAUGUUACGGUUGGAAAUGACACAUCACCGGACUGGUAGAUAGACUCCAUCUUAGGCAAUUUCUUUAGUGCAUAG